GAAAUAUUAUACAGAGCUUUACAUUUUGGACUGUCAAAGCCAUCUGAAGACUGCACCUUUCUAGUUAAUGAUUCAUCUAGUAAGAUAUUAUAUUGUGUUGUAAUUAUUUUUUUAAAAUGCACAAUAGAUGAAGUGCCUUAGCGUUAAUAAAAAAACAUAUUAAAUAUUUCAAAAUAUCAUGAAAAAAAACCAACCAUAAUACAAACAAUGCAAGCAAGUGUAUCUUUACUGUACCAUAUAACAAAUUUAUACUCUAAUGUAUAUUUCUGUAUGUCUUUUUCCAGAAGGUCCCAUAGAAGUAGACACAACCUCAAUUUUAAGCUUUGAAGAUUUAGAGUACAAACUUGGACAUAACCUUAGACCUGGUGGCCAUUUUGUUCCAGUAACGUGCAGGUGAUAUUUAUUACAAAUGAUUUUUUUAAACAUAUGACACAUGAGCCACCAAAUAAUAUUACAUGUGCAUAUGUAACUGCUAGCAAAGGACAUAUGAACACACCAUUCUAAUUAGUAUUGGUGCUACCAACGAGUGUGUCUGAGGAAAAAAACGCUAAUAAAAAUAAGAAUUGAUGUAAUUUACCAUUUGUAUAAAUUACGCAUUAAAGCAUUUUUAAAAGGUAAUCUAUAUUUGGACUAAUUUGUUUUAUUUUUAAUGAAGUAAAAAUAUUUUUUUAUCAAAGAAAGCCUCUAAAAAAAUUAUGUAAAUUGCAGAUCAAAGCAUAAAGUAGCUAUCAUUGUGGCUUACAGGGACAGAGAAAUACAUUUAAAACUAUUUCUUCAUCAUAUGCAUCCAUUUCUUCAAAGACAAAAUUUGGAAUAUGGGAUCAUUGUGGUAGAACAAGUAAGUAAAUUGUCUUUAGUUAUCUCUCUCCAGAUAAACUGUCUAGCUGAUCUAACAUCUAAAAAAAAAAUAUUUUUUUUAAAACCCCCAAGAAACAAACAAAUGUUGCUAUGCUGACAAAGAAAAAAACUGCCAUGUUAAAUAAAUAUAUUUUAAAAAUCUUUCUUCAAAAUAAUUACGAAUAUCUAAUUUUCAUUAAAAAUUAUAAUGUUACACAAUUGUGUCAUGAUGUUUCUCUGGCAAAUGAGCAGAAAUGACUGGAAUUCAGGGUUACCUUGGGAAAUAAGUUCCAAACAGAUGAUGACCAGAUAGAACGUCAAAAACAUAAAUAUGUCUGUAACAUACAUGUGCAACGAGGUAUUAGGAUCGGUGAAGCAAAAACAUAAAGAUUGCCUCUCACUCAACACGUAGCAAAAUAUAAACAAGAGGAAAGAAAUGAAGUGUGUAGUUAACUGCACCAGGGCAGAGAAGACAAAAGCACAAGAGAAUUAUAAAGGAGCAAAUUGAAGGGUAAAGAACAGCAUCAAAAAGGAUAAAAGAGCUUACAAAGAUGGUCUAGCAACAACAGCAGAAGAAGAAGCCAGAAGGGGGAACAUGAAAGAGCUCUAUCACAUAACAAGAAUGCUCUCAGGAAGAUUAAAGAAGCCAGAGAGACUGGUUAACGACAAGGAAGGUAGAUCAAUAACGGAAUGAAAAGAACAACAAAAAAGAUGGGUGGAAUACUUUAAGGAAUUUCUAAACAGACCUACACCCACAGACACAACAGAUAUUAUACAACCAAAAAAUGAAGAUUUACAAAUAGAUGACAGUGCCAAUAUAACAAAGAAAUAGCCCUGGUUAUCAGGCAGUGCAAAGAAAUAGCCCUGGUUAUCAGGCAGUGCAAAGAAAUAGCCCUGGUUAUCAGGCAGUGCAAAGAAAUAACCCUGGUUAUCAGACAGUGCAAAGAAAUAGGGAAACCAUCGAGACCGGAUAACAUCCCAACAGAGAUGAUGAAAGCAGAUAUAAAUACAGUAGUCAAGAUGCCGCACCCUCUGUUUAAAAAGAUAUGCGAAGAAGAGAGAGUUUCGAAAGAUUGAAAAGAAAGAAACUCUUUUCAAGAUACUAAAGAAAUGUGAUCUCAGCAACUGUGCAAACUACAGAGAAUUACCCUGCUGUCGUCUGUACCAGGAAAGGUCUUUAACAGAAUUAUUUUAAAUAGAAUGAAGGAUCAGGUCACAGGCAGCUAUGAGACCAACAGGCUGGCUUCCGUCGAAACAGAUCAUACACAGAUCAAUUUGCAACCUACAUAUCAUUGUAGUUCAUCGAAUGGAACCAUACCUAAAUUUUAUAGACUACGAAAAGACCUUUGAUAACCUGGACCAACAAACCUUUUGGAAACUUCUCAUGCAUUAUCAAGUAUCGGGAAAUCUAGUCAGGAUCCUUCAGACUUCUUAUGAAGAAAUGACAUGCAUAGUGGUAUAUGAAGGUAGACUCACAGAUGCCUUUAAAGUGGAAACAGGAGUCAGACAAUGAUGCGUGUUGUCCCCCUUUCUAUUCAUCCUGCAAUUGACUGGAUAAUGAAAAAAUCCACAGACAUAAAGAGGAACGGGAUACAGUGGACACCCUGGGAACAACUGAAUGGCUUAGACCUUGCAGACUACAUUUCUCGUCUGUUCCACGACCAGCAUCAAAUGCAGCCAUCAUUUCAGCACAGCUCGGACUCAAUAUAAAUAAAGGCAAGGCAAAACUCAGCCAACCAAGAGCAUAUCUCUAUGGCAGGAAAUGCACUGCAAGAAGUGUGUGCCUUCACAUACUUAGGCAGCACCAUUGGCAUAAAUGGUGGAUCCAGGGCUAGAAUUAGAAAGGCUAGGUCAGCAUUUGUGCUAUUACAGAAAAGAUGGGAGUCAAAGGCGUUGACUCUACAAACAAAGUCAGAAUUUGCAACCAAAAUCUCAAAAUACUCUAUAGAGCCGAAACUUGGAGAACAAAAGCGAACAUCAUGCAGAAAGUACAGACCUUCAUAUACUCUUGCCUUGAAAGAUUCUGAACAUCAAAUAGUCAAACACCUUCACCAACAAAGAGUUACUGGAAAGGACAUACCAGUAGCCUAUUGCUGAAGACAUCAUAAGGAAAAAGAUGGAGGUAGAUAGGGCACACUCUUAGUAAACCCACAGACAACAUCACCAGACAAUCACUAACAUGGAAUCCACAGGGAAAAAGAAAGACAGGAAGGCCUAAAAAUAUAUGCAGACGCAAGCUAGAGGGAGACACACAAAGUAUGGGAUACACCUGGAAGCAACUGGAAAGGAACGCACACAACUGAGAUGAAUGGGAAAUUCUUGUAGACGACCUAUGCCAAAAAUGGGGUAAACGUCAUAAUUAAGUAAGUAUCUUUAUCACAGGAUGGAUAAUAAAAAUAACUUCUGCAAUUCACAUAUUUUAAUUGUACAGUUUUGCUAUUUUAUUUUCUGAAUGUCCUUUUACUAACAGGCAGCUGGAACGCCCUUUAAUCGUGCCAUCCUCAUGAACGUAGGAUUUGUGGAAUCGUUAAAGAUCCUUGAAUACGACUGCUUUGUAUUUCAUGACGUGGAUCUUCUUCCUCUGGACGACAGAAAUUUCUAUUCCUGUGGUGAUGAGCCAGUUCAUUUAAGUGCUGUUAUAGACAGUCAUGACAACAAGUAAGACCAUAAGCAUUAGGUAAAUAAAGAAUUGCAGUUAUUAUAUCUCUGUUGAGAAAAUUACACAUUUUUAGUAUCUUUACUACACUCUUAUAUUACAGGACAAAAUAAAAAUGGCCAACAUGAAAAUUAAGUUGGCAAUUUUAUUAUAAAGUAUUAUUAGCUGUUUUUGUUCACUUAGAAGUUUCAAUUUCCAAAAAUAGUUUUAAAAUAUUUCAUAGCUCAAUGCAGUAAUUUGAAUAGCUUAUAUUACCUUUUAGAUAAUUCACCUCAAUGCUUAAUUUUGUGGAUUUUAAAUUUAAAAUGGUCUAUAGAUCUUACAACUUUCUUUAUUCUUGAACUUUUUAAAAUACCACCAAAAUGUCUUUUUUUGUUGUUGUCUUCUAUAGAUUGAUGUACCAGAAUAUUUUUGGUGGUGCCUCCAUGAUGACCAAAGAAAUGAUGAAUAAAGUUAAUGGUUUCUCCAAUGCUUAUUUUGGCUGGGGUGGUGAAGAUGACGAUAUGUCUUAUAGGUAUAUUGCUUGGAAGAAUUUUGAAAAUAAGAUAAGAUAAGAUUCUUUUAUUGAUCUAAAUAAAUGGAAAUGUUUUUGAUUACAUUGUACAUAUUCAAUUUCAGCAUAUAAAUAAAUAUAUAUUUUAACCAAGACACAAUUUUACAAUUAGAACAAUUUAAACACAAGACAUCAAAGUAUUUUGCUAGCAUAAAAAUCAGCUAUCAAAUAUAAAACAAGAUUAACUCCCUUAGUGACAAUAAUGAGUUAAUCAGUGAAAAUUUAGAUUUGGAAACUGCUGGGGAAGCAGGCUGGUAAAUUCUUACAGUCUGGGGAACAAAACAUUUUGUUUUGUAAUCAUCUGAACUUAUAGGUUUCAAUAAAAAUAAAGUUAAAUAUGUGAAAAAGAUGUGUUCGAAAUUAGAAUGAUUAAUGAUGACAAGUGACAAGUUGUCAUGAAAAGGCAAAAAUAAAUCUUCAAGCUCUCUCUAUGGAAAGUUGAAUUAAAAGGAAAUUCUUUAUGAGUUUUUCAAAUUAAAUUAAGUUUUAUUCUGUACAGAUUUGUAAACACCUCAGGCUGAAGAAUCCAUGUAUUAUAAUUAUGGAUUAGCCUAUAUUAUUGGAUUGUCUUGAGAUGCUCUUCACUUCAUAAGAAUUAAUUGAUUUGAAAGAUUAAAAAAUUUUUUUUUUUCUGAAUUGUAUAUGAGUAUUUUAAAUUAUAUAAUAAUUUAUUAUUUUCUUUGUAACUGUUUUAGAGUUAGAAGCCAUGGUAUGGUGAUAGUUCGUUAUGAUCCUGAAGUGGCUAGAUAUACAAUGAUGAGGCAUGCUAAAGAAGAUCAAGAAGACAGGUGAGAAAAUUUUUUUUCGUUUAUCUAGACAAUAAUUAUUGUUGAGUUAUAAAAAUAUGCAAACAAUUAAUUUGUGGCUGCUUUUAAGCACUGAAUCUCAAAUUGGGGUAGAGAUGUGGUUCCAGGUGGGACAGAGAUGAACCAGUGCCUAUGACAGAAAGUAGGCUAUAGAUUAUUUUUCAGCAGCUUGAGAAACGGUCCAACAUUUUGAAAGUUUGAGAAUCUCUGCUCUAGAGCAUUUAUUAAUAGGAUUUCAAAUAGCCUUUGAUUUAUUGUAAGAGUUCACAUUCUUUUAAAGUUAGAAUUUUAACAAAAAUAUGUGUAGGCCUAUGUUUUUAUACCACCAGCAUACUUAAUCAGCACUGCUUGGAUAAUAAUUUAUAUACAAGUAAAAAGAAAGAUUUCUGAUCUUCAAAAAACCUUUAACAAUUCUUCAAAUUGAAAAAUAUACUUUAUUAUAUUUCUCAUGCAUUCAUAUUUAUUUGUUCUCACAUGUUUUCAUCUCCCUGUUCUAUCCAGAACUCAUCUUUUUCGAUCUAGCAAAAAUCGAAUUCAUGAAGAUGGUCUCAAUACUCUAAAAUAUCAAUUGCUUGGCCUCAAACAGGAACCUUUGUACACUUGGGUGUAUGUUAAAAUUGAUCCAACUGAGAUAUUGAAAAAUCCAAGUUUGUAUGUGGAAUGAUUUUAUUUUAAUAAUUCUUUAUUAGGACAUUUCUGAAAACUUUAAUGAGAAGCUACAAAAGAGAAAAGUUUUUUAAAAAGAAAAUUUUUUUGGUUGCAUUUCUUUCAUACUCUAAGCAAAAUAUUAUCCUAUUGAAUUUAGGAAACUUGAAUUUCGACAUUUUAUAUUAAAAUAAAAUGUGUUUUUGACCGUUGACAAAUAAUUCCAUCAUCAUCCCCUUCUGUGGUUAUACUUUAAAAAAAAAAAUGUUUUUCUUAUGAUUUCAAAACUAUCACAAACUGUUUAUUAACUUUAAAUUUUAUAUUAUCCUUAAAUUUAAGGAUCAAUUUCAAGUGGAAUUUAAAACAUAAUUCCACCUUUUUUUUUGAGAUGCUUUGUUUUUUUUACAUUUUUAUUUAUUUUUAUUUUUUAAUGAUUCAACAAAAAAUUUUUAAAUUAUGUACAGAAUAAUCUAUUUACAGGCAAAAAACCUAAGUGUUAACUAAACAAAAAUUUUAAAUCCUUUACUGAAAUAACUUAUUUACAUAAUAGUUACUGAAAUUCUAAUUAAAUAAUGUGUAUUAUAUUAAGCAUUAGUUUCUAGUAUAACAUAUUUAACAUGAUGUAUAAAUGAAUUGGAAUUAUACCAAAAAAAAAUAAUUAAUGUAUUAAUCUGUC